GCUCUCUUCCGGUCCCAGGCGCUGCGGGAGCCGCGGCUUACCGUGCAGACAUGGCCAAGUCCAAGAACCACACCACACACAACCAGUCCCGCAAAUGGCACAGAAAUGGCAUCAAGAAACCCCGGUCACAAAGAUACGAAUCUCUUAAGGGGGUCGACCCCAAGUUUCUGAGGAACAUGCGCUUUGCCAAGAAGCACAACAAGAAAGGCCUGAAGAAGAUGCAGGCCAACAAUGCCAAGGCAGUGAGUGCACGAGCAGAGGCCAUCAAGGCCCUCGUGAAGCCUCAGGCUGUCAAGCCCAAGAUGCCAAAGGGCUCCAGCCGCAAACUCAGCCGUCUGGUUUUCAUCGCUCACCCCAAGCUUGGGAAGAAGAUUCGAAGCUACAUGGCCAAGGGUCGUAGGCUCUGCCAACCAAAGCCCAAGGUUCAAACCAAGGCAGAGGCCAAAGCUCCAGCUAAGGCCCAGGCCAAAGCUCCAGCCCAGGCUCCCAGGGGUGCCCAGGCCCCUGUGAAGGCCCCAUAGAACAGGCUCCUGCCAGUGUGAAGACAGAUGGACUGCUGUGACACACCUACCUACACACUAUCUGCAGAUGACCAGUGUCCUAUGCUGUUUUUACAAAUAAACUUGAGACAAGAAAAAAAAA